GAAAAUAGCAACUGAAAACAUGGCGCUAGUGUGUAAGUUUUCUAGUUGAUGUAUGUUUUUGGAAAACAUUCUUUUGCUUUCGGAUAAGGAGAAAUGUGACACAUUCCUGUGGACUUCUGUGACUGAAACAAUUCUGUUACAUGGUUGAGGCAUGUCUGUAGAACUGACAGUUGUGAUAACCUGCAUACUAUUACUGAGGACUGGCGUUGGUGACCGUAUUCUGUAGUGUGACUAGUAGAAACACUGUGUGUUCGAGAUGAAUCGCUAUCAGAUAAUCAAACAGCUCGGUGAUGGCACAUACGGCAGUGUCUUGCUGGCUAACACCAUUGAAGGAGGUGAAAAGGUUGCUAUUAAAAAAAUGAAGAAAAAGUAUUACAACUGGAAUGAGUGCCUUGAUCUGCGAGAAGUCAAAUCUUUAAGAAAAUUAAGCCAUGCUAACAUCAUCAAAUUAAAGGAGGUUAUACGAGAGAAUGACAUGUUGUAUUUUGUGUUUGAAUACAUGAAAGAAAACCUCUACCAAAUGAUGAAGGAUAGGGACAAAAUACUUCCAGAGUCGGUGAUUAGAAACAUAAUGUACCAAAUCCUGCAAGGAUUGAGUUUUAUGCACAAACACGGUUUCUUCCACCGUGAUUUAAAGCCUGAAAAUCUGUUGUGUUCUGGGACCGAUUUAGUAAAAAUAGCUGACUUUGGCCUGGCGAGGGAGAUCCGUUCUCGUCCGCCAUACACCGACUACGUCUCAACACGAUGGUACCGGGCUCCGGAAGUACUGCUACGCUCCACAAAUUACAGUUCCCCAGUUGACAUAUGGGCUGUUGGAACCAUUAUGGCAGAGGUUUACACUUUGAGACCUCUUUUCCCUGGCAGUUCAGAAAUAGAUCAGAUAUUCAAAAUCUGUUCUGUGCUGGGAACACCAAAAAAGGAAGAAUGGGAGGAGGGACACCGCCUGGCCAGCAUGAUGAAUUUCCGUUGGCCGCAGUGUGUGCCGACAAACCUGAAGACUCUGAUCCCUAACGCCAGUCACGAAGGUCUGCAGGUCAUGAGGGACAUGCUCAUGUGGAACCCACAGAAACGGCCUGGCGCCGGCCAGUGUUUGCGAUACCCAUUCUUUCAAGUGGGUCAAAACCUGGGUGCAUCCAUGGCUGCCAGCAGACCACAGGUACCACAGGCCUCAAGUCACUACAAUCAGCCCCUGCCAGCGAGAACUACGAAUCCCAAACCCUACACAGACCCCACGCCGAUGAGACAAAACCAGAUGAUCCAUGAAAAUCCAAUGCUACCAGUGACAAGCAAACCAAAGAAGAAUGAAGACCAAGAUCUAUUUGCCGUGUCGGUUCCAAAGAAGGCCAAUCCCAGAAAGCGCUGGGGCACAGGCAUGUCCGACGCUUGGGAUGACUGGGACGACCUUGACUUUGGCUUCCCUGAGAAGAAAAAUACCAAAAAGUUACCGAUGCUUGGCCGACGCAACAGUAAAAAGAAAGAUGACUUUGAUGAUGAUGAUUUUUUUCAGAGUAAAGUAAAGAAACCCUCCAAUCGUAUGAAUUCUGGAAAGUCGACUGCACGUCUGGAAUCGGCGAAGCAGCACUAUAUGAGUAAAGCAAGAUAUCUCCCAGGAAUCAAUCCUGGGAAGAGUGCCAAGAAGGAGAAUGCCAACCCAUGGAGUCCACAAGGCCUCAUGAGACCUAACCCAGUCUCAAGACAUCAUAAUUUAGGUGGCAAUGUCUUUGGUAUGCCAGCCACCGACAGUGGUGGUAGUGGAAAUGCUGGCUAUGUUCCUUCAUUCAUGGCUCCUAGCAAAAACGCUUUCCCAUCAAAUGUAGGAUGGAAACCAGCUCAGAACAACCCACUAGCACCAAUCAACAAAAACACAUCGGGCACUUUCCGUCAACCUGUCGGCAAAGUGGGACACGGACGCACUGAUUGGGCAGCGAAAUAUCUGAAGUCCUGAGGUUUAACAGACAGCUAGCUGGAAAACUUGAUAUUUUUUUCAGUGGAAAUGUCUUGUUACAGAUGUUAAUCUCAUCACGGACGGCAAAUGCGAUGCCUAAAUCUACACUAGAGCACCUGUUGAUUGGAGACUUUCUCCCACACUAUCAUCUGACAAUCUUUACAAACUGCUGCUGUUAUAUGCUGGGUUUUCGUUUGUGUGUGCCCCACUCUAUAAUCUGUUGUUGGCUCUCUGAAAGAAGUUGUUUUCAUCAAUAACUUUUUGUUUCAAAGAGUAUAGAGAAAAACAGCAAAAAAAAAAAAAAAUGAUGAAGAAUUUAAGCAACAUAACUUUUCAGCCACUAGUUUGGAUAAGGCUCAUUAUGCGAUUACUCACAUGGACUUGUCACAUGCAGUUUGACAGCCCUACAAAUAUCAGAACUUAUAAGACUAAAGUCGUUCUGAUUUAGGUGUUCUCACAGUAUGAUUUGAUCGCAUGCGGUAAGUCAGUGUGACUAAUUGCAUAAUGAGAACACCUCUUUAGUAACUCAACUGAAUGACAUUACUAUAGUGUUUAUUUGUUAAGUUGUUUUUAAUGUAUAUAUGGCAGACUUGUGUUAUAGUUGUCACUUUUAAAAUAUACAGAAAAAAGAGUACAGUGUAAUCAUUGGCAUUUCCUAAAUUAAAAUACAAAUUAGUCGCAAAAAAUGUCAUAGUUCUUGAAAAAUAUAAAUAAAUUUUAAAACGGAAGAAUUUUUUUUCCUUUUGUUCUCUCUAACAUUUUUUUAAAGCAUUUGUUACAUUUUGUAAAAUAAAAAGUUAUACAUUCAAUACUGGUAUUCUUUUGUCCCUGCUUCAAACUAAACAAAACUUAUUUAUGAAAAAUACUUCUGGUGAUCCAAACAUGGACUGUAGAUGAUGAGAAUUGUAGACGUGUUGUCAGUUUGUGCAUGUUGUGGCGGAAAGCCCUUCUUUCUUGUCUUCAUGAAUGUGGGUCAUACUAACAAUUUUUUGUUUUUAACAUUUCAACAGUUCUUGAGGAUUGAUAGAAAUGAUGUUAACUCAUAUGUGGAUAUAUGUGUAUGUUAAAAACCAAUGACGGCACCUCAACAGUUAUUAAUUAUCAAUUAGUUAAUUAUUGUUGAUGAAUCUGGAGGCUUCAAUGGGCAUUUUGUUUGGGGGGUUUCUAGUUAUUUAAAAUUUACUGUUAAAUUUUUAUUUUAUUUUAUUUUUACUGAGGUUUUGGAGAAUGUUUAAACUUAACAUUUAUGCAUCAUACUUAAUACAUUUAGGCAUGCCUUGGUUAUUUCUACAAAAAAUUCUCCCCCUUUUAUCAAAUUCAUAGAUAAUUAUUUCAUGAUUAUUAUAUUUUUUUAAACUUAUUAUAAUUUUUUAUAUUUAGGGGUGUUGCAUAUAUCCACAAACAAAUCUUUUAUUGCUAGUUUGUUAUUAUGUUUUGGCCAUUUUAGAUUUAUCUUUCCAUUUCACUCUAUUAGGCUCAAGUUUGAGAGGUGGGGGUCGAAACUCGCCCUGCUCAUAGCAAAUUUUCCUGUUUAAGUAUAUUUAAUGGGGUGCAUGAUUUGUGUUACAUGUGUACUUACAACCAGCUUGAUGAUAAGAGUUACCCUCCCCCCUAUUGUUGCGUGAAUCUUGUUUAUUUUCACAGAUUUUAUAAUCUGGCAAGUGAACCAAGUACUUUAAAAACAUUUUGGUAGGAGAUGCCAUAUACUUUUCAUUUUUAGUUUUCUUUGUACUUGUACGUUAAUAUUUGUGUUAAUGGAAUUAUUUUUUAUAUUCUAAAUGUUGAGUAAGCACUCAGAUCAUGCUAAUAGAGAAUUACUGUGAGAGUUAUGAAAACAAUCAUUACUAAACUGAGUAAAAAUGUCUAUAUUCUUAUCAACAUUUCACACCCCAUUGAGAGUGAUACUUUUUCAUGAUAUAAAAAUUAUCAUUUGACCUUAUUGACUUGGAACAAAUAUUUUGUUUACCUACAUUCUGUAAAAUUACUUCAACAUAUUAUGCUGUUUGCAAACAUGAAUCUUAGGCAAUAUAUCAUAUAUUAAACUAACAUUUCAUGUCAAGCUUAUGUCCCUUGACAUAAAACUUAUUACAAUUGAAAAUUAUUUGAGUUGGGAAUAUAAACUUGGUAUCAAAUUAAAGCUUGUUUAAUAUCCUAGUUACCAUGACACAAAUACACAGGUAAUAUUCAUGUUAAUUGAGCAGAAAACCCGGUGUGUGUAAUAAGCCACACCAAGGGUUAUGUGACGAGAAUACGAGAACAUACCUCACUGAUGUGUAUACAUUUUAUUAUUUUGUCAUACAAGAUUCAUUAUCAUUUUCAAUAUUUAACCCUCCAAAUUAUACAUACUACAUAAUAGUAUUUAAUGUGUGUUUUACUAACUUUGUUCAGAUACAUGGUAAAGUAAUGAACUGGUCUCCGACAAAAAAUAAAAAUAUAUACUAGUAUCUAUAAUUAUAUUUAUUUAUGAUAAUAUUAUCCAUUGGAAAUUAUUAUUUUAGCAGAUAAGAGGCUGUUCACAAACUGUACACUGACAUUGGGUGUAUAAAUGUAAGUGUACACAUUUAAAAUGGAGGGGGGGGGGGGAUAAAAAAUUAUCCUUGCAAAAAAACAUUUUUAAUGUGCGCAGUGCAUUCUUAGGAGGGGAAGAGAAUGGAUUUUUUAAUUUUAAAAAUGGUGUUUAUAUACUUGUGAAUAUGUUGAUACUUUUGAUUGGUCCCUAAACUUAUUUUGUUUUUGUGUAUUUGAUUUGGCACUAAUGGAAAAUACCAGGUGGUUAUGGUUUGUUGUUGUUUUUAACAAGGUAAUACUGAAAGAAGUUUGCCGGGUAUUGACCUUGAACCGGAGGACAAAAUUGUUUUGUAAAUAAUACUUUGAAUAGUUUUCUUUGAUUAUUUUGUGUGUUCUUUAAGUACAAAAUAUUAAGAUUUUUUUUUUUUUUUCAGGUGUCCAAAGCAAUAAUUUUGUAAAAGUAGGCCAAUUACAAUGUACCAUACCAUAAAACAAUGUAUGUGCCAUAAAUAAUUAUUAAAAAAAAAAUAUAUUUAAUUCUGUGAAAUGUGCUGUAUUUGUAUAUUUUACUUGAUGGGGUUUUUUGGUGUUUUUUCUUUACUUCUGUGGGGGGUUUUUGUGGGGUUUCAUGCAGAAUUUUAAUUUCUUUUUUAAUUUAGUUAUGUAUUUUGUAGAUAUCAAUUACAAGAAGUCAAUACAUUCAGGCAACUAUGGGUCUAGUUGUUGAUUCAGAAUUCAUUCAUUAAUUCAUUUCAACUUAUUUCCAUGCUUAUAUCAAAUUAAGGUUCAAGCACGCUGUCCUGGGCACACACCUCAGCUAUCUGGGCUGGCUGUCCAGGACAGUGGGUUAGUUGUUAGUGAGAGAGAAGAGGGUGUCGUGGCCUUACACCAACCCACUGAGGUGUUAAAACGUGCUCUGGGUGGAAGCUGGUACCAGGCUGCGAACCCAGUACCUACCAGCCUUAUGUCCAAUGGCUUAACCAUGACACCACCGAGGCUGGUAUUCAGAAUUUAAUACACUUCCUUUUUAGCUUUUGAUUCUCACAUCUAAAUUAUAGUAUCCUGUAUUCUAUAAUUGUUUUAAUUAAAUUAAAACUAAUGUAACUUUUACUUGUAUGUCCUCUGUCAUGGAAAGCAUUCAGUAUUUUAAUAUUGCACUUGUUAUUUACUGCAUUUUUGUACAUUACAAAUCAUGUAUAGUGGAGCACUGUUGGUUUCAAAUUCAGUUAUCAUGGUUUUGUCAGUUACCGUAGUUAUCAUAGAUAAUUAAGAAUGUGUGUUUAGGUAAAAACAUAUAUCAGUGUGUGCAAAUUAGUUAUGGCAUUUAACUAGUCACCUCAGAUUGUUAGACAUUGUUACUCAUUGCCCAACAUUGUAUUACUAGCAAUUUGAUUUUUAAUUUAAUCUUCUUCUUUUUUUCAGCUGUACAAUUAUAUAAUCAGCUUCAAGUCAAACUGUGUCAAACAGUUUGUGAACAGAGUUUAGUCCGUGUAUAAUUGUAAUCUUCCUGCCUUUGUAAAACAUUUUGUAUUGAGUAACAAUUUAUUUCUCAGUAUGAAUGUUCAUGAAUUAACAGUUCUAGAAAACACAGUUUUCCAGGAAACUGCAAUACCUUGGUCCUUUAAAAAAAAAAAAAAAUGACUAAAAAAGAGGUUUUGACUUUAAGCUGAUUAAAUGUGUAUUUCUUUUGAAUUAUUACAUGAUUUGCAAAAUCAAAAAAAAGAGUAAGAAAUAGUAAAAUAUCAAUUUGUUGUUACAAGUAGUUACAAGAACAGUUAAAGACCUGAGAAAUACAACAAAUUAGACAUACAGUGCAGACUGUCUAAAUCGGCAUCUGACUAACUAGCAGUAUAUUUUUGUUAUCAAUCACACAUAUAUUUGCUUUGAACAGACUGUAUGAUAUAUAGCUUUUCUGGAUAACUGUAUACUUUCAUACUGUAAUAAUAUGUAGUCUAUUCUGAAUGAAUGAUAAAUGAAAAGAAUCCAGUUUAACCGUUAUGACAAUUAGUAUACCAUGUUUUAUUGUUACUCAGGACAAAUAUAUUUAUAAAUGGACAGUAAUAAUUAUAAUACAAAACAAGAAAAGAAAUGUUAUUUUUGUUAUUUUUAUUAUUAUUGUUUAUUAAAUCAAGAUUAUUUUAUAUAUGGACUAAGCAUUGAGUAGGGUUUUUUAAUGAUAAAAAGGGGAAUUGAAGAUCGGAGUAUUUUUCUCAAAGUCAUUAUUAGUUAAUAUUAAUAUGAUACGUUGUAUGAUAUCAGUUUAUUUGUUUUUGAUGGGCUUGAUUUUCACUUUAUCUUAUAUGGAAUCUCUACAUCUGUGAUAAUGUGUGAUAGCAUGCCUAUCACACAUGUGCAAAUAACAUGUUUUUAAAAUAUCUGUAAAUAAUAUUUUUAUAUUCAUGUAUUUAAAAAUAUGUGACAUAUUAUGUUGCGGCAUAUGUAUUGAAAACAUCUUCUUUACUGUAUUAGGUAGGAUCAUCAGUCUUGGUGUGGAAAUACAGGUUGAAAGAACAGUGUGUUGUGUACCAUAAUUAGGACACUUUGACCUACUUUUAAUGCAAAAUUGAUCAUAGAAUCUUGCUAAUUCAAAUGGUUCUCCAGACUGUAUGAGGCAACAUCAUUAAACUCUGUGUAUCAUUUCUUCUUGAGAAGCAAGUAUUAUGUGUAUUUAAAACAUGUUAUUGUUAAGAACUGGUAAAACUUCUUCUUUCUUUUUUUUAAGCUAGCUUAAAAUCCUGAGAAAAGAAAGAAAAGAAUGUAAUAUCGACUGUGCCAGUAAAGUGAUUGAAGACCUAGUUUCAUUUUCUUCUUUAUUUCUGUUAAUUGUGCAUGGUAUCAACAUGUAUAGCCAAACUUUCAAAUGUAAAUGACAUUCUCUAUAAUCCAAUGAAAUAAUAAAAAUGACCCUGACUCCCUUUUUUUUUUUUCCUUGCAGUAAUACAUCAUUUUCACUUUGAUUAUUUUCAUUAUUAUAUUAAGAAUUAUAUUAAGAAUUGUAAAUAAAAUUUUACCAAUCGACACAAUGCUAACCUUGUGAGUCGGGUAACAGCAUACAAUACUCUUUUAAUGACCCUACAGUAAAUAAUGUAAUUUGUGGUGUUUCUUUUUCUUGUAAAAGCAAUUACAUUCCCUAAUGGUAAUAGAUUGUGUGUUCUGCUGCAUACAGUCUUUAUUUUAGGAACGUGCACCACAAUACAUGUAUAUGUUGUAUCAAUAAAUUAUUGAUAAUAAUUAGAACUAUUGCAAUGUUACAGACAUAAUAAUUUUAUUCACUUGUAUAUUCAAUGUACAUUAAAUGUAUAUUUUAACUAUGUGGGUACACUAAUCAUUUUUAAUGCACAUUUUAACUACAUGGGUACACUAUGUUCAUUUUAAACCAUAUUUUAAAUAUUCAUGUAUAUAGAAAUAAACCAUAUCAGUAAACUAG